AUGAAAGACCUGGUGUUAUUGCUGAUCAUCUCGUUGAUCGGCUUGACGCUAUGUCAACGUGAUCCAGACAAAAAUGCCACCAAUCGAUGUCUUGAUAUGUCCUCAACAAUUUACCGUGCCUCCUGCAAACAAGCUUACGCUCUCUAUCCCGUCAUUCUUCUCGAUCAUCAGGAUGACAUUGAAGCGAAUCGACAUUUUGAUCUCAUGAAACCGAUGCUUGAACCGUGCAUAAAAUUGGAAACAGAAAACAAUCGUACGGAGAGGGAUUUGCAGAGCAAAAUGGUUUUCCUUUCAGCGAAUAGUGAUCAAGGGGAGGUGCUUGGAGAUUGUGUAGAUUUUCUGUACUUUGAUGAGGUGGCAAGCAUGAGCUCUAUGGCGGACAUUUACAGAGAUAAACCAGAGCGUGGAUUGCCCUAUUCACAUUUCACUUCAUUUAAUUGGGGUUUAAACGAUCUCCACAUCAUUGCACUCUUCUCAAAGAUAGUCGAUAUGGAGCUGAAAUGUCAUGGCACAAAUAACACAAACUGGCAACCAAUUAUACUCGUUUUGACGAACCUUGACAGUAAUUAUGCAGCUGUCAAAUUUCAAGACUUGAGUCGUCGAUACACGUCGAUACAACAGAAAAAUUUGUCUCAAACGGGCAUCAUGAUGAAAGUGAUUUGGACAAGACCACAAGACGGCAAUGUACUAACGGAAGUCGUCGAGAAGUACUUGCUCAAUGCACAAAAUAGCACACAAGGCUUCAUAACACAUACAAUCGAUGAUUUGUCGAUCGAGAAAAAGGUUCGUGAAAAAUAUGGGAUGUGCGCAGCAGAUCCAGGAGACGCGGUAGACGCGACUGGACCCCCAGUCGCUCAGCGGAUAACGUUGAGUGUCGGAGCCGUUCUCCUCUUCGUUCUCUUUCUUUGCAUCGUCAUCGCGAUUGUCUUUACGCAAACAAAUUGGUUGAAUCGACCCGCUUACGUGUUCUUUCGAUUUCUCGAGGAUCGCCUCAAAAUCAAGUUCAAAUUUCUUGUCAGAAUCCAUCAAGACAUCACCGACGCUGGUUUCGAGCGCUACGUACAAGAAUAUACCAGGGGGCAAGAUGAUUGGGAAAUCGAUCCGGCCAAUCUGCACAUUAGUACAGAGCUUCUCGGAUCUGGAGUGUCUGCUCUUGUCUACAAGGGUAUUCUCAGCGGCGUUCCACCAGUUGUGAAGCUUUUCCCGAAAGCCAGAUUAAUGGGUUUGUAUUCAACCAUUGAAAACUCAGUCGCCAUCAAGAGACCGCACGAGAAUGGAGGAGCUGAGGAGAGAAUUGAAUUCCUGCAAGAGAUUCGUUUCAUGAAAACUCUCAACUUUCACCCGCAUAUCUUGACGAUGCUCGGUUGUUACUUUUACCCGUUUCAACCGUUGAUUGUCACCGAGCUUUGUGAGCUUGGAGAUCUGCUCACGCUGGUUCGCGAGUUUGGUGAUCCGAAAACGAGAGCUCAAUGUCCAAUCGACAGUGAUGUCUUUCCUGUAAUGGCUUGGCAAGUAUGCGAUGCUUUGUCAUUUCUUUCAACGAUUAACAUCAUUCAUCGUGAUAUUGCUGCAAGAAAUAUCCUUGUUUCAGCGGCCAAAAUUGCAAAGCUUUCCGAUUUUGGUCUUUGUCGACGAGCCAAAGAUUUGAUGUACAGUAGUACAAAGAAACAAGCAAAAAUGCCGCUCAAAUGGAUGGCGCCUGAAGCGAUCGAGAAAGCCGAAUACAGUCACAAAUCGGAUGUUUGGUCUUACGGAGUUCUCCUCUACGAAGUGUUCUCCUAUGGAACCGUCCCUUACCCAACAAUCAGCUCUGAAGCCGUACUUGAGUUUAUUAAAAAGGGAAAUCGUCUUGAAGUGCCUCAAGAGACACCGGAAUGGAUGGAAGAGCUUAUGGGAUCCUGUUGGAGUCUUUUGCCGAAUGAUCGCCCGAGUGCCUCCGAUUUAAAGACGAUUCUCUACUCGAAGAUUGAAGCGAACAUCAGUGGAUAUGGAUAUUUGCAGAUGAGUGAACUCGACGAAAUGGAGACCAGCUACUUUCUCAAUGACGGCGAUGAUGAUUAUGAGAAUCCCACACAUAAAGCUACUCUGGUGAGCGUCGCUGUGCCGACAUUUAAUCUCAAAGAGGUUUUUGGGGCGGACACAAUGGCUUCUUUUCUAUAUGUCAUUAAUAUGGAAUGGCAAGAUUCGAGGCUUGCGUUUGAUCCAAAAGAUUUCAACAAUGACACCUAUAUCUAUUUACCGAUCAGCGAGAUUUGGAGACCGAUAGUGAAAAAUGCAAACGCAGUUGAAUCAAAGAAAGUCAACGAGAGAAAUGAAGAAGAUCGAAGUGAGGCACAGAUUAUGAGUGAUGGAAGAGUUCAGACGAGCGAUGUAUAUUACUCGAAAAUUCUAUGCAGCGGGAGAAUGGAUAGAUUUCCUUUUGACAUUCAAUUUUGCGAUGUCUCAUUGAUGAAUUUCUCGGUGAAUCAGACGGUGAUGAGACUGCAAGCUGUGAGGACAGAAAGUCACUUUUUUAUGGGCAACGCCGAAUUUCAUGCAACCAAUUACAUCGCAGCCUCGAUCAAGCCACAACUUAUCGGUUUUUACAAUAAGCUAGAAUUUGUGAUUUCUUUGGAGCGUAAAACUUUCUAUUUCAUUUUUGUCAUUGUUCUGCCAGCUGCAUUGAUCACAACAUUGACGAUAACUGGAGUGAUGUUGCCGAGUUCAGCCGAGGAACCUGGAGAUCCGGUCAACAUCGGUUUGACCUCUUUACUGGCUUUAUCGAUCACUUUCACGGUGGUGGCGGAUAAUUUUCCCCGAUCGGCUAAAGUACCAUUACUGGGCUGGGACUAUUGCACAGAAGCAAAUCAUCAAAGGAGUCUCCUACUCAUUAUUCCUACUACUUCAUCUAUUUCUUGGCAUCAAUCUCCUCGUUUUCUUCUCGACCAUCUUACAAAAUUUGUUUCGUUGAGGGCCCUCAAAACAAAGACGGCAAAAGAAGUUGUCGAACAUCUGAUUGCAAUUUAUGGCAAUUUUGGUGCGCUAAGAAUUCUUCAAACAGAAAAUGGCAGAGAAUUUGUGCACGAUUUCACGUGUAAUAAUGAAGAAUUGGACAUCAUGAGGCAAAAGAUGGCCGCGAUGAUCGAAUACUGUAAAUCUUUGCAAAUCAUUUCACCAAUGAGCGGUUACGAGAGAGUUUUCGAUGGGAACGCAGCGGAAAUGGUGAAUUUGGAGUUUAUGAAGUCAGAAACCAAUGCCUGUGAAGAAAUCAUUAAAAAUUUGAUUGAAAAUGGAAUUCCAUCGAAAAAUUGGAAUGCUCAAAUGCUGUUGAUCGUGAAAAAUGGAGCUCAACUCAAAUCCGAUCUCUCUCGCAAAAAAUUCGUUCUCAAGCAACUAAAAGAUGAUAAAACUUUCGUGAAAAUGGCAGUCAACAGCCGGGAAAGGAGACGAAUCGUCCAACAAUUUCUCAGCUGUCCUCCGCUAGCACCUUUGAAUCCGUUGAUGCAAAUUUUCGGAAAUGACAACCAAAAAACGGCUCAAGUUUUCAGGAAUGAAAAGUUGACGAUUCUACUCGAUUACGUCAAAAUCAAAGACUACAACGGAGAUGUGAAAGAUUUGUAUCUUUUUGUGCAAAAGAAUGAAAAG